AUGAAACAAAGAAUUAGUGCUUUGGAUUUACAAAUUCUAGCAGCAGAAUUGAAAACCUCAUUAGAAGGUUAUAGAUUGAAUAAUAUUUAUAAUGCUUCCGAUUCUAAUAGACAAUUCCUCUUAAGAUUUAACAAACCUGACUCUAAAUUAAAUGUCAUUGUAGAUUGCGGGUUGAGGAUCCAUUUGACUGAAUUCACUAGACCUAUCCCAUCGGCACCUUCUGGAUUCGUUAUGAAAUUGAGAAAACAUUUGAAAUCGAAACGAUUAACUGCAUUGAGACAAGUUAAAAAUGAUAGAAUUUUAGUGCUACAAUUUGCUGAUGGUUUGUUUUUUCUGGUUUUGGAAUUCUUUAGUGCAGGGAAUGUUAUCUUGUUGGAUGAAAAUAGGAAGAUUAUGUCAUUACAGAGAAUUGUUCAUGAGCAUGAAAAUAUUAUUGGUGAAACUUAUACGAUGUUUGAUGAAUCCUUAUUUCAUACAGCUGAUGAUACCAAUGCUACAAAUAUAACUAAUAAGGAUUUCUCGGAAGGUUUAGUCAAGAAUUGGUUAGAUGAAGUCAAACAAAAAUAUGCGGUUGCUGCAUCAACAAUAUUGGAAACCUCCAAGAAUGAUAAGUCACAUCAAAAGAAAAAAAUUAAAGUUAUGUCAAUACAUAAAUUAUUACUAUCAAAGGAACCACACCUAUCCUCUGAUUUACUUUCUAAGAAUUUGAAAAUGAGUAAAAUUGAUCCAUCCACAUCUGCACUUGAUUUCGAAAAUAGAGUUGAUGAUAUCAUCAAAUUAUUGAAUACAACUGAAUCAGAAUACCAUCAGUUAUUAAACGACAAUGAGCAUAGAGUAGGGUAUAUCUUAGACCACGAAAACAAAAACUUUAACCCUAAAAUUGAUAGUAAUCCAGAUUUGGAAUUCAUCUACGAGACGUUUCAUCCUUUUGAACCGUAUGUGGAAGAAAAAGAUAAAGCAUCAUCUCAUAUAAGUGAGAUUCCGGGUUAUUAUAAUAAAACGUUGGAUAAAUUCUUCUCAACGAUCGAAUCCUCUAAGUAUGCUCUUCGAAUUCAAAAUCAAGAAUUGCAGGCAAAGAAGAAAUUAGAUGAGGCUAAAUUAGAUAAUCAGAAAAAGCUUCAAGCCCUAAUAGAUGUUCAAUCCUCUAAUGAAGAAAAGGGACAUUUAAUUGUGGCCAAUGCAGAUCUAGUAGAAGAAGCGAAAUCCGCUAUUCAAGGAUUAGUCGACCAACAAAUGGAUUGGAAUACUAUUGAGAAAUUAAUUAAAAGUGAACAGAAGAAACAUGUCAAAAUUGCAGAAUUGAUCGUUCUGCCUUUGAACUUGAAAGAAAAUAAAUUCAAGAUGAAGCUACCUUUGAAGACCUUCGAUGACGAUGAACAAAAUGACACCUCUGAUGAAGAUGAUAAUUCCUCCUCCUCCUUCUCCGAAUCUGAUUCAGAGAAUGCUUCUUCUUCAUCGGAUGCAAGUGAUUCUGAUAUUUCAGAUUUUGAGACAGAAGAAAGCGUACAAAAAGAAGUACCCCCAAAAAAGAGGAAAACGAAGAGAUCAUCUGCGACAUCUCAACCUAAUGAAAAAAUGAUUACAGUUACUAUUGAUCUUGGUUUCUCUGCUUAUGCUAAUGCAUCUGAAUAUUUCAAUGCUAAGAAAACGAGUGCUGAAAAGCAAAAACGUGUAGAAAAGAAUAUUGAAAAGGCUAUGAAAAACAUCGAGGAAAAAGUUAACACGCAAUUGAAAAAGAAAUUGAAAGAAUCUCACGAAGUGCUGAAGAAAAUUAGAACGCCAUAUUUCUUCGAAAAAUAUCAUUGGUUCAUUUCCUCUGAAGGGUAUCUUGUUAUGAUGGGUAAGAAUGAUGCAGAAACAGAUCAAAUAUAUAGUAAAUAUAUCGAGGAUGAUGAUGUCUUUAUGUCAAAUAACUUCGGUACAAAAGUUUGGAUUAAGAACCCUAUGAAACAUGAAGUUCCGCCAAAUACUUUAAUGCAAGCAGGAAUAUUAUGUAUGUCUUCCAGUGAAGCUUGGUCCAAGAAGAUUGCGUCGUCAGCAUGGUGGUGUAAUGCCAAAAACGUCACCAAGUUUGAUAAAUUUGAUAAAAGUGUGUUACCACCCGGUGUUUUUGUUUUAAAAGAUGAAAAGGAUCAAAAUACCUUACCAGCAUCUCAACUUGUCAUGGGUUUAGGUUUUUUAUGGAAGGUAAAGACUUCCGAUAAUGGGGAUGAAGAUGUGAAGGAAUUUGAAGGAGAGCAAGAAGAACUUUCCUUAAUAGAUGAAGAAGAAGAAAAUGAAGAAUUUAGAGGAAAUGAUAGUGUAGUCAUUCCGACAGAUGAUGAUCAUACAGACAGCUAUGAUAACAAUGACUCUAUUAAUAUAGUUGCAGAAAUCGGUAAUGACCUCAAAGAUUUAGAUCUCAAUAAGGAUGAAGUUAGAAUACCUGAAGAGGAAGAAGAGGAAUUUGAUAACAGGACGAUAGCUACAGGCUUAGUAGAAAAUAUGAACAAAAACGUUCGUGGUAAGAAAGGUAAAUUAAAAAAGAUGCAAAAGAAAUAUGCUGAUCAAGAUGAAUCCGAGAGAUUAUUAAGAUUACAAGCUUUGGGUACAUUAAGAGGAUUAGAGAAACAACAAUUAAGGGAGAAGGAAGAGAUUGCUAAACAACAAAAGAGGGAAUAUAAAAAAGCUAAACGUGAGAAACAAAAGGAAAUGCAGGCUUUGAAAUUUACCAGAAAUGAGAAGGUAAAGGUGAACUAUCAAAAACCUUUCACAGAAUUGAAAGCUGUCCUGACUAAAGAUGAUAAAGUAGUUGAUAUUGUUCCUGUAUUUGCUCCAUGGCCUGCGCUUUUAAAGUAUAAAUACAAGGUGAAAAUUCAGCCAGGAAGUGCCAAAAAGACAAAAACUUUGUCAGAAAUCCUACAUUUCUUUAUGAAUCGUAAAGUUGAUACCACGUUGGCAGAUAAGGAGAUUGAUUGGCCAAACGAACAUGAAUUAAUCAAAACGUUGAAGGAGCAGGACUUGGUUUUAUUGUUAUGUGUUGAUAAAUUAAAGGUUACUCUUCCAGGAAAGAAUGAUACAUCCAAGAAGGGCAACCAAAAAAAUGGGAGUAAGGGAAAAUCUAAAAGAAAAUAA